AUGGGCCAGCAACGGCCAUCCUCGCAAGAUCCGUUCAUCGAUGACGCCUCGGAGCAGCUUCCAAGCCAGUUUUACCUCGUCGACGCCGCAACGGGCGAGUACCGACAGUACUCAGCCAUGCCUGGAUAUUCGCCGUCGGACCACGGCGCGACCGCACACGUGGGAAUGCAGGCGGCAAUUCUCCCAGAGCCGGUUCCCGCGAUGAUGCCUGUGCCAGUGGCCCUAGCAGUUGGGGCAGGGGCAACGAGCACUGCAGGAGCGCGGGGACACCACCUCCACCACCAACGUCAGGAGCACCAGCACAACCGUCAAGACCACCACCACCAUAACGCCUACAUCGACCUUCCAAAUAUUAACCCCCCAGUUGCACCACCGCCUGCGACGUUAUUAGCAGCGGCGCACCCGCAACUCGACUACCACCAUCGCCAUCUCCCUGUGCAGCCUCAUCCGCGCACUCACCAUCCCCCUUCCCUCCACAGCCAUCCCGUGCACCGCUUCCCAGGCCGCCCACUCACCAUGGCCACCACCGAUGAGCACGGCAUGGCCGCCCAACAAGAAGCGGCCAGAGCCUAUCAGCCAAAUCUCGAUGGUCCUAGCAUCGGCGAUAAGACACCCAUUGAGGCCAUUGUAGAAGAGUAUGCCAAGGCGGAUCCAGUAUACGUCGAAAAGACAAUGGCACGUACUUCCACGCCCGCAAACACCCCGCCCGUGCCCUACCUCAAACCUACGGCUCAUACCGCCGCGUCAAGGGCGAUGGCAACUGCGGAUGGAGAGGCAUGUAUUGGUCCUCUCCAUGGAACCUCCUGCUCUCUGCUAACAAUCACCACUCUCUCCACAGCCAUCGGUUUCUGCUACUUUGAAAAGCUCGUCGAGGCCGGCGACGCCGACCAGGUCGAGGGCGAGGCAGCCCGCCUCAUGAGCAUGAACCACUUCCUCGGCACUGUCGGCGGCUACGACUACUAUGAGGACUGGGCCGAUGAGGCCAUCGGCCUGCUCCGCACGCUCGCAGGGUGUGUGACCGACCCGGCCGCUGCCCAUGCCCUCGUCCACGACCGCUGGACAGACCCGGCCACCAGCAGCGCCCUCAUCUACUACCUGCGCUUGCUUGCCGCCACCCACCUCAAGGCGCACGCGGACCAGUAUGACCCCUUCGUGCCCGAUGGCCAGGGCAUCCGCGCUUACUGCAGCCAAUCGGUCGAGCUGCCCGACCGCGAGAUUGAGCAGCUUGGCAUCAUUGCUCUCUAUAACUGCCUCCUGAAGCCCCUCGACCUCGUCCUCGAGAUUGCCUACCUCGACCGCAGCCCCGGCGCCCAGGUCAAUACCUACCGCUUUCCCGAGGAAGCCAUUACCAAAGACCCGGCCGUCCUCGGGCCCAUGAUCCAGCUACUUUACCGCCCUGACCACUACGACAUCCUCUACCGCCGGCCCACGGUGGUGGUGGCCGAUAUCAUGGUCAAUCGCGCCACGGAUGUCUAUUCUCAUACCCCCAUCAAUAGCACGCACAGUAGUCUAGGCGCCUUUUCGACGGCCGACUUUGGCCUCCUGGCAUCUCUCCCGUCAGCGUCCCCAUCCGGCAUGUCGACCUUGACCUCCCCAAACAUCAUGCACACGCCCGCGCCGCCGUCCUCCUCAUGUGGCUCUUUUGUACCAGACGGACAGUGGAUGCCGCCGCUUCCCACGCACGCCGCCUCUUCGAACGCGCCGAUUGUACAACGCGGCCGGUCCCAUCCCGCUGCCGACACUCUGCUCACGUCCCCGGGCCCCAAGGCGCCACCACCUCCAGCGACGGCGACGGCGACGGCGCCCGAGGCCGAGUGCAACAUUCGCUUCACCAAGAUGCAGUACAAUUACGAGGAGGAUAGCAGCCGCGCUGCUCUCCUCGGCCUCCUCCCCUUCAACGUCACCACCACCACCUUCAAGAACAGCGUCUGGAACCGAGCACACUUUGGCAACCCCGAGUUUCGCCCCGAGCAGUGGCGCCCAGGCGACGACGGAGCCGACGACCGCACACGGAAGAAGAAGGGUAGUGGUGGUAACGGCAGCGCCAAGGAAACGUGA